UUAAAUCGUAAUUUCUCUGAAAACCACAUAACCAGCACCCAGGGUCAAAACAUGUAUGAGACGAAUGUCAUCUAUAUGUUAUAUGCUUUCUGCUUUAAAUAACACUGAAUAAUACUGAAUAACACCAAUAACACAUUUGCAAGUAAAAUGCCGCGAGUGCAUUGAAUUGUUAAAGACGAGACAUAAAGUUAUAGACGAUUACUUUAUAAUUAUUAUAUGCAAUGUAACGUUUACCUAAUGUAUAGUAUUAAUCGUUUAAAUUAUUUAUAUUGUCACUCAUAAGGGAAAGACAAGAUACGUGUAAGAUAAUACUUUGUACAUUUUAUAAUUAAAAACAGCGGCAAGUGUUGCUACAUGUACACAUGAUUUUAUGUUAAAUAUAGACAAUAAUGUCAAGCACGAUAACUGGAAAGAAUUUGUUACGACCCACCGGAUUGCAGUGCAAAAAUCUACAAGAGUAUUUAAAAUCACGCCCGCCGGAUGUGUUAAACAAACUCUAUCAUAAUCCUCCAAUUUGUUUGGCUGUAUUUCGUGAAUUGCCUGUAAUAGCUAAACAUUAUGUUAUGCGAUUAUUGUUCGUUGAACAACCAGUACCUCAAGCAGUUAUCGCUUCUUGGUGUUCUAAACUUUAUUUUGAAGAACAUCAAAAGGUAGUUUCAAUAUUAAAUGAAUUGAAUGUGUGGAAGGAAGCAUCAAUACCAGGUGGAUUACCUGGAUGGAUUCUGAACAGUACAUUCAAGAAAAACUUAAAAAUUGUUUUAUUGGGAGGUGGAAAACCAUGGACAAUGUCAAAUCAAAUGGAAACUGAUAGUAAACCAAGAGAUGUGGCAUUCUUAGAUUCAUAUGCGCUAGAGAGAUGGGAAUGUGUUUUACAUUAUAUGGUUGGGUCACAACAGCAAGAAGGCAUAUCAGCUGAUGCAGUUAGAAUUCUUUUACAUGCUGGCUUAAUGAAACGAGAUGAAGCUGAUGGAAGUCCAGUUAUUACUCAAGCUGGUUUUCAAUUUUUGUUAUUAGAAACUGCAUCACAGGUAUGGUAUUUCAUUUUACAAUAUCUAGACACAAUAGAGGCAAGAGGACUUGAUUUAGUUGAGUGCCUUACAUUUCUCUUCCAAUUAAAUUUUUCAACACUUGGGAAAGAUUAUAGUACUGAAGGAAUGUCUGAGGGUUUACUAACAUUCUUACAACAUUUACGAGAAUUUGGUCUGGUUUAUCAAAGAAAACGAAAGGCUGGAAGAUUUUAUCCUACACGAUUAGCAUUAAAUAUUGCUACUGGACAAAAUAAACAGCUUUCUAGAGAUCCAGACAAAGAGGGUUAUAUUGUUGUUGAAACAAAUUACAGAGUAUAUGCUUACACAAACUCGAACUUACAAGUUGCCUUACUUGGUCUAUUUUGUGAAAUGUUAUAUAGAUUUCCAAAUUUAGUUGUUUCAAUACUGACUAGAGAUUCUGUGCGUCAAGCUUUAAAAAGUGGUAUUACAGCAGCUCAAAUUGUAGGUUAUUUACAGCAACAUGCUCACAGUAAAAUGAUAGAGGCAGGCCCUCCAGUUUUACCUCCAACGAUUGUAGAUCAAAUUAAACUAUGGGAAAAUGAAAGGAACAGAUUUGUAUUUAGUGAAGGAGUUUUAUACAGUCAGUUUCAUUCUCAAACUGAUUUUGAAGUACUUAGGGAUCAUGCUCUUUCUACUGGAGUAUUAAUUUGGCAAAGUGAUAGAAAACGAACUAUGGUGGUUACAAAAGCAGGACAUGACGACGUGAAAAAGUUUUGGAAACGAUAUUCCAAAGGCUCCAGUUAAUAAAACGAAACUCUAAGAAAAUGUGCCAAGAAAAUAUAAGUAAAGUCUCACUGUACAUUGCAUUGUAUUUUUUCAAGUUGAAUAUUUGCAAUACAAGUGAUUCAUUAGAC